AUGCUCUACGAGAUUUUCCACUUCUGGCACAUUAUGAUCGGUGUCAUUGGAUGUUGUGCUAACCUGCUGCUCUGCUACGUGGCAGUACAAAAAACGCCCCCGGCUACUAGAUCCUAUGCAAUCUUGAUCAUAAAUUUCGCGGUUACAGAUUUUUUGGAAUGCUUUUUGGACCUUUUUAUUAUGUUGAGAUUUGUGAUAACCCCAUUCAAUGUGACCCUAAUUUAUGUGUAUCAUGGAUGGUGUCAAUAUACGGGACCUUUGAGUUGUAAAAUUGGCCAAAAAGAAAAUUUCAGCCUCUCCCUGUUCUAUCACUGCUUCCCACACACGACAUGGUCCCUAUUAUUAUCGUUCUCCUAUAGAUAUUAUAUUCUUCACAAGUCCCCAUUAUCCCGAAAAUGGCUCAUCCUCAUUGUUUUUAUCAUUUAUACACCUAGCUUGUUUCAGGCGAUCAUCUACUGGCCUACUGUAGUUGAUCGUGAGGAAAUCCUUCCCCUUGCCACCAAAUUCUUCCCAGAAUAUCAUUUGGAAUCCGAGAAAUCAGGAAUCCUCGGAGGCAUCACUACAAUCAAUGAAUUCGCUUCCAUAUAUGUGAUUAUCCAUAUGGCUGUUCCAAUAUUUCCAAUUUAUUGUCUCAUAAUCCAAGCUUUUAUUCCAUCUCUCCUCAUGAUUGGCGUCACAUGUUACAUCCUAUCCCAAUUGGGUCUUAUCACUCAUCCAUUCAUCGAAUAUCUUAUUUUUGCCUCAAUUUGUACAAUGCCAAUGCUCUCCCCAUUCACUUAUCUGGUGUAUAUUCGACCGUAUCGCACGUUUUGUAUGAAAUUAUUACAUCUUCAGCGAAAACACCGCCGCUACCCAAACACCGACUCCAACGCCUACUACUCUAUUACAAGAUCCUAA